AUGUCACACCCUCCUCCACAGCAGCGACCGCCAUUUCCUCCACAAUCGCAGUCGUUCACUCAUGGAUUUCAACAACCUAACCCGCGACCUCAAUAUGGUCCUCAGUCGCCGGCUCACGCUGUCUCAUACUCCUCUCCCUCACCUCAGCCGCAAUUUCCACCAGCAUACAAUGGCCAGGCACCGGCUGCGAAGAGACCACGAUUGUCCCCAGACGCGACUCCUUCGUUCUCUCAGCCUGUAGGCACUUCAAUGUUACAGGCAGGCAGCCCAAUCAACGGACAUGUCAAUGGAAUCGCAGUACCCGGGCAGCAAAGAACGACUUUGAUGCCACCGCCCCAGCAACCAUUCACUAAGAAAGACAAUGUAGGGAGCGAAAGUCAGAGCAGCGUUUUCAGUGAUGGUAACGCGCUGAAUUUUGGCCCAGUCAGCCCCAUGCUACCCGUUUCUUUGCCACCGUCCACGCCUCAGACACCGCAAUAUCCAGGUCAACCUCUCAAUACUGUGGAAGGUCCUGUGGCACGACCAGGCUUAGUCGGGCCUCCAUACGUGAACGUGCCACAGCCGACGGCAGAGGAACAGAUUGCUCGAUUGCAGGAGCGACAGAAUUGGGAAGAAGCUAGACAUGCGCAACACGAGCUAUGGGAUGCGUUCCUCUAUGGUGGCGCCGUCAACGACAAGAUCAAAACUCUAAGUCAACGUGCCAACCUGAUCGAGCCUCAAUCGGGUGUUCUUGUCAAUACACAGAAGACUCAUCCUCCGCCUCAAGUCAGAGUCAAUGGCUACGAAGGGGCGACACGAGUUAUUAAAGAUGGCCAAUCAAUUCUGGACACAAGAGACAAGGCACAACGCCUGACCGAUUUAGUCAAGAUUCUAUCACUUGGAGCAAAGGCUCGGCUGACAGGUAUUGUCCAAGCAGCCGCGGUCAUUUGUGAAGAGCGUAGAAAACAUUCACAGGGACGAGUACCUGACGGGUGGGAGGACGUUGCCGUGGUAUCAAGGCCAGCAGAGAGUGAGACAGCUUCAAUCUCUGCUGCAGCUCCAGGCAUGAAACGUCCUCAUGCUGCAAUUAUAGAGUUCGAGAAACUUUCCAAGACAGAGACGAAAGCUGAGGCAGAUCGUCAGGCCAAAAGGCGUAAAAGGACCGAUGCAGCAGCUGCCAAAGAGAGUGAAGCUAACGCAGCAGCCGACGAGGUCGCGCUCGCAGCUGCGGCUGCUGAGAACGAGAAGGCCCGAUCCAAAAAGCAGCAGAAGAUUGAUGAAAAUCGACUCUCGGAACUAAACGCACCACGUCAUACUAACGAGGCAAUCUUCAUGGCCACAUCGAACAUAUUCGGUAAGAAAAAAGGCAAGAACUACUCCUGGAUGAGUGGAGGGACGGCGGCGUCAACACCAAGUGGUACUGGCACUCCCACACGAACUGCGCAAACCACUCCUGCUAAGAACAAAGCGCCGCAGCCGGCAACGGGGUCACGUAUGGGACAAUUCGACGAAGGCAAAGAGCCUGGCAUUCAAGCACGAGAUAUGCUUCUCGUCUUGGAAUCUGACGGCCGUGCUGCUCGAUCGUUUGUAAGAGGCAGCAGCACUUAUGAUGAUUCGAAACCUGCAUAG